GCUGUAUAACGGGGACAUUUUCGGGGACAGCUCCGGAAAACGGGGAGGUCUGAUCACCCAUAGCUAGUAAUAAGCAUCUCUUUUGCGUUUAUAGGCUAUUAUUCUUACAUUAUUCUAAUGUGUUUCAAAGUCACUGCAAACUGAAGUCAUCUUACUUCCUUUAUUAUUUAAUGAAGAUGAAAUAGUGUUAAAGCAACAGAGAUUAUGAAAAGCACUACAAGUAUAAACAACGUGUUUCGGCGCCGUGGACACGUGGCUAAACGUCAACCUUAAAGAGGUAAAUAAAAUACAAAUAUAUAUUUGCGAUAUGAAAAUCAAAUAUAAAGUGAUAAAUAUUGUGAGCAUUAUUUUUUGCCAAUCUGAUUUUACCUGAAAGAGCGCGAGCAGCGUGUUGUUGCUAUGGUUACCACCUCAGCAGGCGAACGCAAUUUCUCGCAAGCGUCACUCUUUUAUGGUUUGUGGACUUUUACUCAACUCUUGGGGUUACUGAAACGUUGUUUGAAAACGCUCUUGAAACGAAUUAACAUAUAGUUUCAUGUAAAAGGAAUAUACAUUUUUAAGAGCCCCCAACCCCCCACAUGCUCAGACCUCACAGUAUGAAGCAAGUGAGGGGAAGUCUGCCAGGUGAGUUUCCCUUCUGCUGUGUUCUCUCACCAACUUUCCCUCUGCAUCACACACACAGACAGGAAGCAGAAUUUCCACAUUCCAGCCGGUGUUGUGUUGAUCAGGACACACCCAGCGCUCGCACACACACACAUUGUACAGUAGAGUCGCGAUGGGACUGCUGCUCUAGCGCUUUGUGUUGCGCUCAUCUGAAUGAAUGACAGUUCUACCAACAGCUCACAAUAAUGACACGUGAAGGGCUUGUCUUUUUAUGUGGGUUGGGGAUUCUCCAAAUGCUGCAUGUGACUGAAGGAAGCAUUGGGGGAUGUGGGUGUCCAGCGGCCAGCAGUUUGUCUCAUUUUCCAUCUAAGGUACCCAAUGACACAUGCUGCUUGAACUACUCAGGAUCCACAUUUAACCAGAUGUCUUGGUCAGCUUUUUUGUCACAUACACACCUGCAGAUUUUGGACCUGACGAACUGUAAUAUCAGUCACUUUGAUAACAGUGAGGUCGAUGUUGCUGUCAGUUCACUGAGAGAGCUGUAUCUCAGCCAGAACAGACUAACAUCUCUCCCAGCUGACUUCCUCACUAAAGCUUAUAGUUUGGAAGUGCUGGAUUUGGGAGUGAAUCAUCUGAAGGAUCUUCCCGAGCAAUUUCUGCAGACCGCGGACAAACUGCGAGUGCUGAUCCUGGGAUGGAACCAGCUGAGUGCUCUGCCUCAUUCAGCGCUUAAGCCUUCGCUAAAGCAUCUGGAGCUCAUUGGAAACCCCUGGGACUGUACAUGCUCUCUGUGGGAGGGGCUUCAAAGUGGUCUGCAUGACAACUCUAGCAGCCUUCAGGACCUCGUAGGUAAUCUGACCUGUGCCUCUCCUCAAAAUCUGGCUGGGCGGACGAUUUGGUCUUUGCAGACCAGUGACGUGUGUCAUUUGGCCAACCUGACCGCUCUCUUCAUCCUGCUUCCCCUGCUCCUGCUCCUCAGUUUGGUGCUGUGCUGGUGCUGUGGCAGAAAGAAGAAGAGGAAAGAGACUCCCUCGUUCAGCCCAACUCGAAAAAGGGCCAACAACUCCCAUUGCAACGGACGGUGGCCACAUGCCAAACUGCCCACUGAGGAGUCAGCAGUGUCUGUGGAUGGCAGCAAGGAGGUCAUACUGAGGAACCAGCUGAUGCUUCAGCCCGCGUCCAACCUGUUAGGCAGCACUCGGGAUAUUUAUGAGGAGGUGGAGAUCAAACUGGGCUCUGUGGACUCGCUGGCUCCUCCGCCAUCUACUUGCUCCACAGAAGGGACCGCUGGAAAGCAGGACCUGGACACGGUGAGUGUGAGCGAGGUGAUGAAGGACUCGGCCGAUCGGGAGAAAGCGUACUUGACCCAGUCCACUGAAUACUACAGCCUGGUUCCUGGGAUUGAAAUCGAAGACUCUGAUCAUGGAGAGUAUGAAAGUGUGGACCUUUCGUGACAUUACAGGAAAUGCUGAAUUUGGUUGAAAUACUCAGAGAUUCAAUUAAAGGGAUAGUUCCCCCAGAAAGUGAAAAUUAUCCCGUGAUUUACUCACCCUCAAGCCAUCCUAGGUGUAUAUGACUAUCUUCUUUCAGACGAACACAAUUGGAGAUAUAUUUAAAAAAAAUAUCCUGGCUCUCCCAAGCUUUAUAACGGUAGUGAACGAGGAGCAUAUUUUUAAGCCCAAAACAAUGCAUCCAUCCAUCAUAAAUAUAAUCCAUAUGGCUCCAGGGGGCAUAUGAAACAAAGCGGUGGGAUUUGGUAAGAAAAAUAUACACAUUUAAAACUUUAUGAACUAAAAUAACUAGCUUCCACCAAACAACCAUAAGCAUACUGCACAAGUUGAUUUGCGCCAAAUGAUAUCCCCUGAUGCAUUGUAUGAUGCAGGAUGUAGGAGUAGCGUAAGCUUAGACUUCUAGUUUAUAGAAGUUUAGACUUCUAAUUCGGUGUUUUGUUUUGCUCUAUCCUUUGAGCUUCCAAAGUUUUAAAUAUGGAUAUUUUUCUUACAAAAACCCAAUGCAUUGCUUCAGAAGGCCUUUAUUAACCCCCUGAGGCUGUAUGGAUUAUAUUUAUGAUGGAUUUUUGGGGGGGUUCAAAACAUGCCCCACUCAUUAUUAUAAAGCUUGGGAGAGCCAGGAUUUUUUUAAAUAUAUCCCCGAUAGUGUUUGUCUGAAAGAGUAGGUUGGGGUGAGUAAAUCAUGGGAUAAUUUUCAUUUUUGGGUGAACUAUCCCGUUAAGUACACUGGAGUUUUGUGUCUCUGAAUUGAAUUGGAUCACUGGUCAUUACGUUAUCCAUGAUUACGUUAUCCAUAAGGAAGUCACUGCGCCAGUGCGGAACCAUUACUUUUGCAUACAACGUGAAUGAAUUACUGUACUGAUAAAGUGUCAAACGAAACUGUUUGCCAAGAUAAGCUAUCGUAUAGCUGUCGCCUGGAUAUUUUCAUUAUAUCGAGAUUUUUAUAUCUUCGUUGUCUACUGUAAUUUAGUUGGGAAGUUUUUAUUAUUGUAAUCUUUGUUUCACAUUCAGUUACAGUGUUUAGUGUACAAUGUAUUUGGUGUCCCAUAUAAUUUAUAUAUCAUAUUAUGAAGAGGAACAGUAACAGUAGAGAGCAAGAGAACAUUAGACAGAACCACAGUCCAACCUCUGAUCACUAUCAUAAGCAACCAAAUCUGCCAUUGUAACUAUAAUUGAAAACAGUGCUUUGCUAAAAUUUGAUAUAUAAUGGACCAACAUUUCUCUUCUACACAGAAGUAUGGAGGUUGGUAUAUGAAGAAUGAAGUUUUUUUCUAACUAUAUAUAUGUUGAAAACAGUGACCAUUUACUCAAUAGUAUCUAGCCUUUAUCCACAUUUGGCAUCCACAGCUGAUGUAAUCAUUAUUUUUGGUCUUGUUAAUAAUUAAUGUAAUCUUAGCGAGUUCAAAAUGUGCAUAAUCAAAUCAACAGAAACAGCUAUACUAGUCAAAUGAAGUGGCUUUCAGAUAAUAUCAGGCUGACUCAGCGAGUACAAGUUAACAUAAGCAGAUUUCAAUGGAAAGAAUAAAUAAAGCAAAAGAGUGAGUAUGCACACCAUACAGAACAAAUCACUCUCAACUUUUACCUAUAAAAUGACUUUUUCUAUCUCACGUCCAUUGUUAUUGUUAACUAAAACUAAAAUUAUUAAAUAUUGUAAUAGUUUUCGUUAAUUGAAAUAAAGCUAAAAUGAAAUAAAAUAUAAAUAUCAGAUGAAAAACUUAAAUGAAAAUGAGAAAUGUUU